AUUUUCUCCAGUCACCGCCACUGAGCGUCUCAUUUGCAACUCCCUUCUAUCCGUGUGCGACCGAUAUCUUCUUCAAUUCCCGUCAUCAUGCACAUCGCACAAGCUCAUGUUGACCGUGCAAUUGAGCAGAUCCAACACAAGAAGCCGCCGCCUGAUAUCGACUUCACUCAGCACAUACUUGAAGAUGGCAACACAAUCAGCACACAAGAGCGGGUUGUCAAAGAUGUGCAAGCACCAGCUAUGGGCGUCCCGACAGAUGCCCAGUUUUUCUCCAGACAAGAUCCCACCAAACCUGACGUAGCGUUCCUCAAGAACCACUUUUACCGCGAAGGCCGUGUCACCGAGGAUCAGGCGAUAUGGAUUUUGGAAAAGGCAACUGCACUCCUUCGUGCGGAGCCUAACGUCCUGCAGGUCGACGCGCCAAUCACAGUUUGUGGCGAUAUCCAUGGUCAAUAUUACGACCUCAUGAAACUGUUUGAAGUUGGCGGCAGCCCAGCAGACACACGAUACCUAUUCCUCGGGGAUUACGUUGAUCGGGGAUACUUCAGUAUAGAGUGCGUUCUGUAUCUAUGGUCCCUCAAGAUCUGGUAUCCCGAUACCCUCUUCCUUCUCCGUGGCAAUCAUGAAUGCCGGCAUCUCACAGAUUAUUUCACUUUCAAGCUUGAAUGCAAACACAAGUACUCAGAGCGUAUCUAUGACGCGUGCAUGGAAUCCUUCUGUGCACUCCCCCUUGCUGCCAUCAUGAACAAGCAAUUCCUAUGUAUCCACGGCGGUCUUUCACCAGAGCUGAACACUUUGGAUGAUAUCAGAGCGAUUGACCGGUUCCGCGAGCCUCCGACACACGGGCUGAUGUGCGAUAUUCUAUGGUCGGAUCCUGUCGAAGACUUUGGGCAAGAGAAGAUGAAUGAGAGCUUCGUUCAUAAUCACGUUCGGGGUUGUUCCUACUUCUUCACUUAUCAAGCUGCUUGUCAGUUCUUAGAGCGAAAUAAUCUUCUUUCGAUCAUUCGCGCACAUGAAGCGCAAGAUGCCGGAUAUCGCAUGUAUCGGAAGACAAAAACCACAGGUUUUCCUUCUGUCAUGACGAUCUUUUCUGCUCCCAACUACCUCGACGUGUAUAACAACAAAGCUGCCGUCCUGAAGUACGAGAGCAACGUGAUGAACAUUCGGCAGUUUAACUGUACGCCUCAUCCGUACUGGCUACCUAACUUCAUGGACGUAUUUACAUGGAGCUUGCCCUUUGUGGGAGAGAAAAUCACGGAUAUGCUUGUCGCUGUGCUAAAUACUUGCAGCAAAGAAGAGCUCGAAGAGUCUGAUGAGGAAAAUGUUGUUUCACGAGUAUCCCACAUGAAGAGGCGAGGCAAAAGGUCAAUGGAUGCGCUAGCCUCGGGUACAGAAGGUAUUAAAUAUAUUAUUUCCAGCUCCGAGGACGCUUUCCCUGCAUACGCUCUCGGUAAGUCAAACAUUGAAAAUGAAUGGCUCCUUUCGGAACUUUUCGAUGCCGAAGAGGCAAAGGCUUUCCUAGCUCAAGCACAAUCAGCCGACAUUGUCGAGUCCCCUAUGUCGCUGGGUGGAGCUGGUGCUGGAGUGGACACUUCCAUGUCAUCUGGGUCACUGACAUCCUGA